AUGGCUGAAUCAACCCCAAUCGAGCUCCCUGUCAUUGACAUCUCCAAUCCCCACGACUUCGCCGUGGGGAAGGCCAUGUUGGACGCCGCUGCCAAGUAUGGCUUCCUGUAUGUCAACAGCAAGGGCACUGACUUUACCGCUGAGGAUGUGGAUCAUGGCUUUGGAUUGUCAAAGAAGUUCUUUGCCUCUCCCGCAGUAGAGAAGGAAAAUUGUCGGAUUGAGCCAAAUAAUCGUGGUUGGUCAGGCAUGCAUAUCGAAACGCUGGAUCCUGAGCAUCAACGGACAGGAGACUUCAAAGAAGCUAUGAACUUCGGCGACUUCAAAGAUGGCAAAGCCCAACAACCACUUCCACCCUCACUUCAGCCCCACGAAAGCGAGAUCAAAGACUUCGCCGGACUAUGUAACAAGACCUGCACCCGAAUCCUGACUCUGCUAGCCCUAGGCCUAGAAAUAACCCCCGACUUUUUCACAACCCGCCACGACCCAAGCACAGGCCCAACAGGAAGCAUCCUCCGCUACCUAUUCUACCCAAGCCUCCAGCGCGAAUCGACAAAAUCCUACAGCCACGACAGAGACGUGCGGGCAGGCGCACACUCCGAUUACGGCAGCAUAACGCUCCUCUUCCAACGACCCGGUCAACCAGGACUGGAAAUCUUUACUCCAGAGAGAACGUGGGCGCCUGUUCCCAUUAUCCCUGGUAAUGGCCUGACCAAAGACGGGGAGGAAUAUCCCUUCCCGCCUAUCUUGGUUAAUAUUGGGGAUCUUUUGAGUUAUUGGACGGAUGGGUUGCUGAAGUCGACUGUGCAUCGGGUUGUGUUCCCGCUUGCUGAGCAGCAGGGCGAUGAUGCGCGGGAUCGAUAUACGCUGGUGUACUUUUGUCAUCCUGUUGAUUCUACCGAGUUGGUUCCUGUUCCUGGGGAGGUUGUGAAAUUGCAUCGGGAGACGAGUGAGGGAAUUGGGCAGGGUGUUGUUGGGUUUGGGGGUGGUGCUGGGAGUCUUGAAAAAGGGAAGAGGCCUUUGACUGCUCAUGAGCAUCUUAUGUCUAGGUUGGAGGCUACUUAUGGGUUUAAGAAGGAUGAGUGA